AUGGAUCUGAGGGUAACAAGCGUUCUCCUCGUCCUCCUGGCUUUGGCCGAGGCAACCCCUGAAAGGUACUACCACGUGCCGAAAGUGAGCAAGGGUCCCUACCCCGUCAAGAGCCAUGUCGUAACCGUUGCAGGUGAGCAAGGUCCUGCAGGACAACCAGGAGAACCAGGCCCAAUGGGACCACCUGGACCUCCUGGACAAAAGGGUGUAGGGCAUACUGGACCACAAGGCCCAUCAGGACCCCCUGGACCCCCUGGCUACACUCAAGCAGGUAAACCUGGUUCCCCUGGGGGUGCUGGAAAACCAGGUGCCUCUGGCAUGCCUGGUGAGAGAGGUUCAACUGGGGCACCUGGACAAAUGGGGCCCAGAGGUGCACCUGGUUCAUCUGGAACACCAGGACCUGCUGGACUUUCUUCUGCUGGAAGACCUGGACCAAGUGGUAUUCCUGGAGCAAUGGGACCAAGAGGAGAGUCUGGCCUGAAGGGACAUCCUGGUAUUCCUGGUCUUCCUGGCAACAAAGGAGAGAGAGGUAUUGGAGUUCCUGGUGUUCAAGGACAACCAGGCUCAGUUGGACCAAUGGGUCCAUCUGGUAUGCCAGGAAAACCUGGAGUUGGUAAACCUGGUGCCACUGGAUAUCCUGGAGAGCCUGGCAAGAGUGGCAUGCCAGGAAGAGAUGGUGCUUCUGGGCCAAUGGGUAUGACAGGACCAAAGGGUCACACUGGCGCUCCAGGCACAGGAGCAUCAGGAAAGCCAGGCCAAAAUGGUACCCCAGGCAUGCAUGGACCUAUCGGGCCUAAAGGUCCACAGGGUCCAGCUGGUCAGCCAGGCUCCCCUGGCAUGCCAGGUGUUGGCAAAACAGGUGAAUCUGGAAUUCCAGGCAACAGAGGAGCCCCUGGUACUUCUGGAACCACUGGUCAAAAAGGAGAGCCAGGCCCAACAGGUUUUACUGGUCACCCAGGUUCUACAGGUUCCAUAGGCCCAGCUGGUCCACAAGGUUCAAGGGGAUUUCAAGGUGAGGCAGGCCCAACAGGACCCAAAGGCGAUACUGGUAUGGUUGGUGCCCCAGGCCCAAGAGGAACCAAAGGUGAUCAAGGAGCUCAAGGUUUCACUGGAAAACCUGGUACCCCUGGAGCAGUAGGCCCUGGAGGAAUUGCAGGUCACAAUGGUCCUCAGGGUCCAAAGGGUUCACAAGGCCAUGGUGGUGCUCCAGGACUCCCUGGUUCAAAUGGCGCCCCAGGACUUAAAGGACACACAGGUUCCCCAGGAGGAACAGGAAAGGGUGGUGAGAACGGAAGACCAGGACCCAUGGGACCAUCAGGUCCCUCUGGUCCAGCCGGCCCCUCUGGACUUAAAGGUCAUCCAGGUCUUCCCGGCCCACCUGGUCCAGCUGGCUUCACAGCUAAGGGUGUUUCUGGUCCCCAGGGUCCACCUGGAAAUCCAGGGUCAAGGGGUCAUGAUGGUCUUCCAGGCCCAUCUGGUCCUCCUGGUCCACCUGGCCAACCAGGAGAAGUGGUCUACCACCAUGAGAAGAGCAUGCCAGUCAAGUCCCAUGAGGUUGUAAUGUCUCAUGAAAUGAUGAAGGCACCCAUGUCUGCAUUCAGUGCUGUGUUGACCAGGGCCUAUCCCGAAGCGGCAACUCCUAUUCAGUUCGACCAGGUUCUGUACAAUGGGGAGCACCAUUAUGAUGCCAACAGUGGUGUAUUUACCUGCCAGAUUCCCGGCCUCUAUUAUUUUAUCUAUCAUGUUCAUGUCAAUGGUGCAAACGCAUUGGUGGCUCUCUACAAAAACGAGGAGCCUAUUGUUUUCAGUUAUGAUGAGUACAACAAGGGCUUCCUGGAUCAGAUGUCAGGCAGUGCUGUGGUUAUGCUGCAUCCCGGUGACAGAGUCUACGUACAGGUCCCUGAUGAGGAGAGUAAUGGUAUAUUUGCAGCAGAUAAUGUUCACUGCACUUUCUCUGGGUUCUUGAUUGCCUCAACGUGA